AUGUUCACGAGAUGCUGCAUUCUGCUCCUCUUCACAGGAGGAGCUCUUGGAUCGUCCAUCGUCCGCACUCGUCCAAAAGGAAACAGCCGUCCCAAACCCCUCCCCCCGCCCCCGCCCCCUCCCGCUGAGCCCCCUGCCCCUGGGCUUCCUGGGACCUCAUGGGACGGGCCACAGAUCGAUAUAGAGAUGGACCUCAUUAGCUUCAUGGAGCCCUGCACUUAUGAGGAUCUGGCCCAAAACCUGAAACUGAAAACCACUGAGAAGUUCCAGAUGUUCAGACCAGUGAAGAACCACAGCAAGCCCAUCCUCAUCUACCUCGAGAUGGUCAUCUACGCCAUCAUCGACGUGAGAGAGACAGACCAAACCUGUAUCACCUCCGUCUUGACGUACAUGAGUUGGGUGAACGAGAACAUCGAGUGGAACCCUGAGAACUUCUGUGGACUCAACAAGAUCACAGUCCCCUCAGAACUACUGUGGAAACCAGACAUCUCCAUAGAGGAGUCUGUACAGAAGGGCUCUUACUCGGUGACUCCAUACAUCUCCAUUUACUCGGACGGCCUGGUGGAGGCGCUGUCGGAACAGGUGGUGUCCAGCGCCUGUAAGAUGCAGGUGUACAAGUUCCCCUUCGACACUCAGAGCUGCACCCUGACCUUCAAGUCUGCAAUCUACUCAGAUGAGGAGCUGAACAUCGCCGCGGUGCUGGACUCAGAGAAGGUCUCGAGUUGGACUCGUAACCGGAUGAAGACUCAGUUUGAGUGGGUCUUCAUCGACAUGAGCGUCUCCAACGACACAGUGCCCAGCUUCGAGAAGAACCAGGACGUCAUCAUCUACACGAUAAACAUGCGGCGUCGCGCUGUGUUGUACAUAGUGAACUUCAUCCUUCCGGUCCUGUUCUUCCUGUUCCUGGACUUUGCGUCGUUCCUCAUGUCGGACACGGGAGGAGAGAAGCUGGGGUUUAAGAUCACCGUCCUACUCGCUGUGACUGUGAUGCAGCUGCUCCUGAACGAAAUCCUGCCCUCGUCCUCCAACCGAAUCCCCCUCAUCGCGGUGUACUGCAUUGGGAUCUUCUCGUUGAUGCUCCUCAGUCUCCUGGAGAGCAUCCUGGUUCUUUACCUCAUCACCAAAGAGUCGGAGAACACGGAACCUGCAGGAGGACAAGCUUUGAAGAACAAAUGUUUACCCACGAGCGAAGACUUUCUUUCACGCAAAAAGAGUUCGGUGACGGACGACUUCUCGUUGGACCUGAUCGCCUCUGAACUGAAAGAAGUGAAAGAAUCUCUGUCUCUGAUGUUGAGCGGAGGAAAAGAGGAAGAGAAACCGAGCGGAUACUGGGCCUGCAAAACCAAAUCCAUAAACCGAUACUUCUUUGUGGCCUAUUUCUGCUGCUCUUUUUUCUUCCUGCUUUGCCUCUUCAUAAUCUGGAUUUAUUAA